AUGGAAGCAAAUGAUCAUGAUGUAGAAGAUGAGUCUUCUUUUGAUAAAAAAGCGAUUGAACAAUGUUCCUUGCAACCACAAAUAAAUAUUGAACCAAGAGUUUCUGAAGUUCUUGAAAGCCCAACUUCAUCUCUUAUUAUUGGCUCAAUUCUGGAUACACCAAAAAAAGUUGCUUUGAAGAAGGAACUUUUUGCUUGCAAAAGGCUUUUAACAGUAAAGAACCACAAAUUAUCAAACUUACGCAAACAAAAUAAAAGACUAAAGAAAAAAUACAAUAACUUAAAGGAUGUUCUAUCUCUAUUAAAUAAACGUCAAAUAGUGGAUCAGUCAUUACUUCAUGACCUAUCUAAACAUAUAGAAGUUACAGACACUUUUAAUGCUAUUUAUUUAAAGAACGUAACAGGCAGAAAGCGGCCAUUUUCUCAAUAUCCACCAGGUGUCGACAUAUUUUCAUCCAAGUGUCACGAUAAUAAUCAUAGAGUUAUUACAAUAAAAUCGAUUACUGAACGGUACCUUAAAGUAAGAUUACAUUACAUAGCAAAAAAAGAUACGGAAAAAAAAUAA